AUGGACGGAUGGCACAAGAUCUCUACGAGCCUCUCUGGCAUCAACUUUAACUCUGCCACCAAAGUCUUCAACUCUUCUCUGCAGGCGACGCGGGAGCGGCUUGGUCAAAUUCCCGCAGAUGAUAUCACAGAGCUUCCACAAGAAUACAAAGACCUGGAGGCUCGGGUUGACGCUCUGCGAAACACGCAUCUCAGGCUUCUUAGGAUCGCAGGCGUGUACAAGACCAACUACGACUACCCCAGUGAAAUCCAAGAAUCGCUCGUCGAAAUGUCGUCCAACGUUGCCCAUAAUGUGACCUCAUUCGCAGCCGCAAACCUCAAGGGAACCAACAUUCCUGUCCCAUCCGUGACGCCUGCCGUCAAACCUCAACCAAAGACGCUUCCACAUGCGCUGAGCCGAGCUGCACUCUCUGGGGCGGCCGACCUGGGUCCGGAUCUGCGACUAGGAAAAGCACUGGAUCUCUAUGGCAAUGCGAUGGCAAAGGCGAGUCAUACCGGUGUGGGAGAAGCUCGUAUCGACCAGGACAGCGCCAUCAUCGAACGGUUCGUGCAGCCAUGGCAAGUCACCCUGUCUUCGUCCAUCACUGUCGCCAUGAAAGCGAGGGCUGCCGUCAGGGCCUCUCGUUUGGAGUUGGACUCCGCUAAGCAGACUUUGAAGAGUGCCGGGCCAGCCAGACAGGAACAAGCACGGCUCGAAGUUGAGAAUGCAGAAGAUGACCUUGUCCAAAAAACGGAAGUUGCAAUCACGCUCAUGAAAACUGUCCUCGAUAACCCCGAACCUCUCAAAAAUCUCAAUGAGUUGAUUAAGACUCAGCUUGUUUUCUUUGCAGCUGCGGCAGAGGCAUUGUCCACGGUCCAAGCGGAUGUAGAGGAGCUGAGCAUUGCCGCUGAAGGCGAAUAUAGAAAGUCCCGCGAUCACUGA